AGGUCUCAAGUCUCGCUUGGACUUGUACUGCCCCGAGUCUACUCUCGAUUUGGUUAUUCCUCUCUUUCGUAUCUAGCCGCUGACCGCUGGAACUCAGUUCCGGCAUCGGUCUGUCUUGCUACUUCACCAAGUCAUUAUUUCGUAUCGCAAUCCUAGAUUGGCUGGGGUACCCCGUAAGGAGACCAUAGCCUGCAUAGGUCUGUGGGGGCUGCCCUAGGCUAGAGAAUAAUAAUUAUAAUUAUAAUAAUAAGCUUUGUCAGUGUACAUGUAUCAUCAGGCACUUCCACGUCUUUCGAAUUUCCCUGCCUAGCGCCUGGGCAAGUUGUAAAUAAUCGAUACUUUUUGGUGUAAACAGGCAAAUGAUUUGAACCACAAAGAUCGAGAUUAGCUUCGUGCAGGGCGAGGGUACCCGGGUGUGUGGUGUGAAGUCGAAUCGCACUGAGUCUGCCAGGUGAACGGCGGUCGACAUCACCAUGUCCAGAGCGUUUGGGCCAGAACACUCCGCUAGUCAAAUGUUCCAAGCAUUUGUUUUAUUCCUGUAUCUGUGGAGUUUCGCCGCUGCCGAAAUACGGCAUCUUCGCCCGCAGGACUACGAGGGACUGGUGGUGACGAACGCUGAGCAGGUAGCGUCCACCGAUGCUGUGUUGGAAGACCGGCUGAGCGGCCAUAUAGGAAAGGAGAUCGAAGACAGUGGCAGUGACAGUGGAGACAAUAGCAUCAGUGGCAGCGGUAGCGGCGUGGCAUUUAAUGGGACCUGCGACAAUUUCUUCUUUCUGGCACCAAGCGGCCAGGAGUGUCUGCCAUGUCUGUGUAACCCACAGUUGACAGUACAGUGCAUCAACACCACUGGAGAGUGUGUAUGCCAGCCAGGUAUUUCAGGUGCAAGGUGUGAGAAUUGCUCCGCUGGACUCUAUGCACCUACCAGUCGAGAAAGCUAUCUGGCACAAUGCACCGUUGCUGGCUGUCUCUUCAUCCUCGGUGAUCGCUGCCAAAAUUGCACAUGUGACAUUGCCGGUAGCCAGGGUGCCUCGUGCAAUGACGACGGAGAGUGUAGCUGUAAUCCUGGCGUGGUUGGGCCCAAAUGCAACGAAUGCCCUACGACGUCCGAGCUAUUCCAGAGCCCUACCGGAGUUUGCGAAGAGUCGGACGACUUCUUGCCAUUCGGCCCGGCAGCUGGUGAUAUUCAGCUACGUAAUGAUAGCAACGUUAGCAACGCUGAAAUACGCUUUGGAGUGAACCUGAUAUUUUCCAACGCGCUUGGAGACCUCUCGUUUGGAUCUGCUUUCGUGAGCAGUAAUGGGUACGUGUCAUUCCGCAACCUGCUCUCCACCUCGGUCUCACUCGCCAAUCUCGUCAACCAGCAGGGAAACCCCGUACUGGCCCCGUUUUGGUCGGCUAACGACGCCAGCGAAGGAACAUCCUUCUACGGCCUGCGCAAUGACUCGGCGUCGAUCGACGGUGCACUGGACCUGCUGAGACGUGGCAGGCCGGGCAAUAGCAUGCAGAACAUUGUGGUGGGAAACUUUCGACCGUCGCAGGUCCUCGUUGCCACUUGGACGUAUAUCCAGUCGUGUCCUGGCGGUCAGGAGGGAGUCAAUUCUGGAAGGCCGUUUCUCGGGUUCAACCACUAUCAGGCGGUGGUCGCGUGGAACAGCCAACGGUCGUUUGCCAUAUUCCUCCACAACAACAUAGCGUGGACAACUGACAGUUCGUUCAGUCUCGUCUGGGAUGGCAACACGUUUCUGUACGACGGAAGCCGGCCAUUUGAUCGCGAGGUGAACAUCUACGCACUGGGCGCACAGCGCUGCGAUCCGUUCUUCUUCAUGCGAGAGGGUAGCGAGGUCUGUGUGCCGUGUGCGUGCAGCCGGACAGGCUCCUUCGGCUGUGAUCAGAAUACGGGCGUGUGCCAGUGUCGUUUGAACGUGGAGGGCCCGCUGUGCGAUCGCUGCGCCGUGGACCACUUCACGGCGACGCCCGGCGAUUUCUCAACGUGCGUGCCGUGCACGUGCAACCCCAGCGGUACCGUAGGAUCAUGCGAUGCGGCCACGGGUGUGUGUCAGUGUCGCCAGGGUGUCACCGGUGGUAGAUGUGACGUGUGCCUGCCGGACUUAUUCGCACUGUUUGGCGAUCUGGCUCGCUGUAUCGUCUGCCCGUGCAAUCGCCAGGGAUUCUCCGGCUGCAAUCCAGAUGGAACGUGCAAUUGCUUUCCAUCUGUCAGUGGUUCCACGUGCGGCUCAUGCAGUGCAGGAUUCUUCGGCAAUGUAACCGGAUGCGUGCCGUGUAGCUGCUUCACGGCCGGUACAGUGGGCGGCACUAACAUCUGUGAUAGCAUCUCCGGCCAGUGUCAGUGCGACCAGUUUAGCUUUGGUCGAACAUGUAUCGACUGUGCUCCAGGAUUUUACUCACCAUCGAAUACACUGAGCUUUCUAGACCAGUGUUCCGUUGCGGGUUGCCCAUUUACACCAGGAGCAAGAUGUCAAGAUUGUGGCUGCAACCCUCUUGGCAGUACUAGUCUACAGUGCAACAGUGUUGGACAGUGUGCCUGUAACGCCGGUGUAGUUGGUGUGAAGUGCAACCAAUGUCCAGUAGCACAGCAGCUCUUCCAGACUGUCACAGGACUGUGUGCAGCAUGCAGAAGCUAA